UUUCUAGUAAUCAGGUUCGCUGGCUUUCCCUUUGUCUGUAUACGUCCCUCACUUAUUGAUCUUGAGUUCCUCAAAGAGUUCCUAGUAACCUAUCUCCUCCUGCAAUCAUGAGUACAGAGAAAUCCGACUUGGUAACCUACUGGCCAAAGCACGAGCUAAGCCCGCCAUCGCAAUGGAGCGUCCCCCUCACGAUGAUUGCCAUCGGUAAGGUGGUAGCCGUUGAAAUGCUGAACAGAGACUCUCAAGUCUUCCGUUAUCAGAAUUGGACUGCCCAACUACAGAUUCCGGUUCACACCCCAGAUUGGUUGGCCGACACGUUCCCCGGUGUCCUUGACAACCUGCACGAAGGCGCCUUGUCUCUAGACCUCUCUCGCUUCCACUCAAGAGGCUCAUUGACUACCGACGAGUGGGACGAUCAGUGGUUCAGCGUCAUCUGCGAACCCCACUUCAGCUAUGUUCCCUGCGGUCUGUCUGGCGAAGACGAAGUAGGCUAUAAGCGCCUGGCAUGGAUUCAAGAUGACGCCCUUACCCCUAUUUCUGACCGCACCUGCGUCGACCUACCUUCUCGGUUUCCAAUUACUCCGCCGUUCGUGACUUUCAACGGGUUUGUCGACACCCAGAAGUUCCCCCUUGCCGACAAUCCCUCCAUCGGCCUCGACGACAUAACCAGGAACUCCUCAGCCAUCUUCAGAGUUUGGUCGAAGUUUACUGUCACGGAGGCUGCUCAUACCCCGAAGACCGGGUGGUACGCCAACUACGUAUACGCCAUGCUUCCAAAAUGCAAACCACAUAUGAAGAAGAAGUGCGAGGACUAUCGUGCGGACACAACACCAUUUCGAAAACAUGGGAAAAAGGCAUAUGUUACUGGCUACUUCCAUGGGUUCUGCGACAAGAGCGUUAUCUUCGCUGAAGGUUGUCCCUACAACCCUCUCGAGUUUGUCCCACUCAUCGAGAUCCUGAAGAUUGACUGGACUGCUGGUGAGACAAGGCAGCAGCCAGGAACCCGCGAUCUACUCGCCACGCCAUCCAAGCCAGAGACCCCCAGCCGCGGCAGGGGGAGGUUCAUCUUUGACCCCCUGGCCCAAAUGACUGCAGACGCAAAGGGGCCUGCCACCCCAUCUAAGUCGACUACAAACACCACCAUUGAUGACGAUGAUCCGUUCGCCGUCAACGGCCUUCAUGAAGCCCCACAUACCAGCUCAAAGCGGUCUGGAGAGAUAGAAGUCCUUGGAGACAGCGACGACGAAGCGAGCCCAACCAAGCGAGCCCAACCAAGCGUCCCAAACGAGGAAGUUUGCGUGGAAGGAAAUAGAUGAUCUAGCCUUACAUAGAGGCUUUUACUUGACUGUCUGUGUAUACAC